AUGGGCCAACUCGGUGACAUGUCGCCUCAAGGCACCAUUGCUAUCGGAAUUAUCGUUGGCCUCUUGUCCACCUCCGUCCAAAGCCUGGGUCUGACCCUCCAGCGAAAGUCGCACCUCAUCGAAGAUGCGAAACAUCACUCCGAGCCGCGGAUUCCUCCCUAUAAGAGGCGGCGAUGGCAGUUGGGCAUGUUGAUGUUCAUUGUGUCCAACUUGGUGGGCAGCACAAUCCAGAUCACCACUCUGCCCCUGCCCGUCCUCUCGACGUUACAGGCUUCCGGGCUGGUCUUCAACACGGCCUUCGCCACUCUUCUGCUGGGCGAACCCUUUACCCACUUCUCAUUCGUGGGCACCAUCCUUACCUGCUCAGGGGCAGGUUUGAUAGCCACGUUCGGAGCCAUUGGGGAGCCGGCCCAUAAUCUGCAUCAAUUGCUCGUUCUUCUCGGCAAGCGCAAUUUCAUCGUUUGGAUGGUUGGGACAAUGGCUGUCGUCGUGGCCACCAUCUUGUUUGCCCACGUUUUGAGGAUGUGGUCGUCUCAUAAACGAAUUGUGGAAUGCCUACCAAAGAGUGAAAGACCUCGAGAAGGAUCAACCAGUACCGACCGCCCUCGGAUGCUCUCUCGCUCUUUGACCGCCCAGCUACCUCAACCACUGAAAGUCCGUGUCAGCCGUUUGCGAUUGGCCCGAGGCUUGUCCUAUGCUCUGAUAUCUGGCAUUUUGUCUGCACAUUCUCUCCUUGUUGCCAAAUCGGCUGUGGAGCUCCUUGUCCGGACUAUUGUCGACCACAAGAACCAAUUCGACCGCUUUCAGUCAUGGCUGAUCCUGGUGGCGCUGCUCUUCUUUGCCUUGACGCAGUUAUAUUACUUGCACCUUGGUCUUCGACUAUGCAGUACCAGCGUAUUAUACCCCUUCGUGUUUUGCAUUUACAACAUUAUUGCAAUCCUAGACGGCCUGAUUUAUUUCCAACAAGGAUCAAGAUUGAGUUCUCUUCAUGCAGGUCUGGUGGCGUUGGGUACUGUUAUACUUCUUUCUGGCGUCCUGGCAUUGUCUUGGAGAUUAGAUGAUACGACACCUGCAGAAGCUCCUUACGAGUCGGCCUCUCCGCGAACUCCGCUUACGCCAGGAAUGGGAAUAUUGCGGUCGCCCGUGGACGAAAGAGCCCCUUUACUAUCAAAGGGACGGACGAGAAGCUACACGGCUGGUUCAAAACGAUCGGUUGAGGAGCAGGCAUCGCUGGUUGUUGGGCGCACGCGUGCCCCCGCUCUUUCCGUUCAUGCGCCGCCAGAUACUGACACAGAGGGCAUCUGGGCAGAGUUAGAUGAUCAGGAGCGCCAGGAUGACUAUCUGGCGUCUCUCCCUCGAACACCAUCUCCUUUUCUGACCCAUAACUUCAAGACGCGUCAAAGAGGCGACUCGGCCUCCUCACAAGCGAUUUCAACAGGAAGCAGACGCGACUCGGACGCAUCAAGAGUCGCUCCUCCACCGGGCCAAAGUAUACCUUCUCAAGGGACAAAUGAUGUUCACCGGAGGCGAAGCAGUGCGCCCCAAUCUCGACCACCAGCAACUGGUGGGCCUGAAACGACUCCGUCUCAUCUCCACGCUCGUCACAGGAGUACAUCCGUUCGCUUUGCUGAUGACAAAGACCAGAAAAAAGACAGUAAUGACGAUGAUCAACUUGCACGACAGCCCGUUAGAAGUCGAUAUGAUCACAGCGGCGCGGAAGACAAGGCAGAGAACGACCCUAACGGACCUUGA